CGGCGGCUUCUCUUAGAGUUCUUACUUAGUCGCAAGAAGGAAAAAUGCCGGCGGGACAUGGAGUUCGUGCGAGGACAAGGGAUCUGUUCGCGAGGGGGUUCAGGAAGAAGGGUACAAUCCCACUCUCGACAUACCUCAGAACAUUCAAGGUCGGCGAUUACGUCGAUGUGAAAGUGAACGGUGCGAUACACAAGGGUAUGCCUCACAAGUUCUACCAUGGUCGUACCGGCCGUGUCUGGAACGUCACCAAGCGCGCCGUCGGUGUCGAACUCAACAAACAGAUUGGAAACAGGAUCAUAAAGAAGAGGCUUCAUGUGCGUGUGGAGCAUGUGCAGCAGUCAAGGUGUGCUGAGGAGUUCAAGCUGAGGAAGAAGAAGAAUGAUGAGCUUAAGACCGCAGCUAAAGCCAGAGGUGAGACAAUAAGCACCAAGAGGCAGCCUAAAGGACCCAAACCAGGAUUCAUGGUCGAAGGUAUGACCUUGGAGACUGUCACUCCUAUCCCCUACGACGUCGUCAACGAUCUCAAGGGAGGCUAUUAGUGUUUUACUUUCUUCCACCCCCAGUGUUUUGCUCAGACUUUUUUUUGGCAGUUUUCUUCCAGCUAGUGUUUGAUCGUUCUUCAUGUUUGUUGGCUACAGUUACAAUUUCUGUGAUGCUUUCUUAUUCAGAAGUUUGUCUCUUUUUCUUCAAAGUAAUAACAUUUACAAUCUCCUACUUAGUUGUUUCGAUGUGUAAAAUCAUACACCACUUAUAAUGCUGCUGAUGCCUUCAA